AUGUCUGAAUUCAUCUUGUCAAUCGUUGUCUACGGGCCGGGCACAGACCCCAACCAUCGAUCUCACUGGACCCUGGCGAUUCACCGAAGGAACGACGAGUACGGCGUCCUGCUCCAUGUGAACGUAAUCGACCUCUCGAGGCUGAUCUACCAAUUUGACAUCCGGCGAGAUGUCCUUCUUCAUAGCAGAAGCUCUGAGGGUUCGUUUGUGGUGGCGCAGUUAGGCCAAAACACCAUCAGGCGGGUUAUCGCACUCAUAAGCGAAGAACCUGCGCCGAGGGACGGGGUGGAGAGAUGCCAGGAUUGGGUGCUCAGAGCUAUGAUCUCACUCGAGGCGGAGGAAAUCGUGCCUGCGGGCACAUCUGAAUGGGUCUCUCGCCUGAUUGGUCAUUCUGCAGAGGAAGUGGCUCGAGCGGUCUCGACGAGAUGGUCGUCCACGGAGGCUUGA